AUGAACUGUACAAUACCUGUCGAAUUAGUGGGGAGCUUUGGGGAAGCCUAUCCGGGCUAUCUAGUCGAUUAUAAAGCACCUGAUAGCUUCGUUUUUCGAUUUGCGGAGGAAUUUCCUGGAUUUCCUGCCGAGAUCACGGUGUUGCCGACCCGUUUGCGGAAACCACCUAAAUAUAUCGUAAAUGGGACGAAGGAGUCCGAUGUCUCUGUCGGCGAUCUUGUUGAGGUGUUGGCUGGGAAGUCGGCCGCAAAUGACGCUACUGACGCUCUUCCACCCUCCUGGUGGCCUGCUCGGAUUACUAAAAGACGUGGGGACUUUGCUAUUGUCGAAUUUAUUACCUGCGAGGGAGUUCCAGAUGCGUACACGAAAUUUCCCAAACCUCGCCUCGAAAAUGGGGUUGAAAUUAACCAAGUUAGACAUAAAAACUCGGAGAAGCUGCUUUCAGAGUCGGACUUCUUGUAUCACAUUUUUAAUGUCCCUCAGGAGUUAGUUGGACUCUUCAAAGAGCCGGCCAACAUUGAACACAUCGUUCGUGCCUGUGGGCAAUCAAUGCUCUUUUGCCAAAUUAGCGAGGACAUGGAACUUCCUCCAGAGUUUUCUAAUGCAAACAUAUCUGAGGCGUCAUUGACCAAGUUUCUAGUUGUUUGCACAUCUAUGGAGACAAAACUCAAGGCGGAAACCAUAAACCAUGAUGUGAUUCGAAUGCUGAGACAGAAACACAGCAUACUCCAUCAAAUUAGUGAACUUUCGCGUCGCCUCAAGGAAGUAAAUUCGGUUAAGAGCGAUGAUUUUGUUUGUGCUGAAUUUUCUGUUGAAAAAGACCUUGUUGGUCACUCCAUUGGCGCGGGCGGAGCUAAUAUUCGUCGAGCUCGAUCGGUAGAUGGGAUUGUUAGUGUUAUCCUCAACCCUGAUACUUGCACGUUUAAAGUCACGGGAAAGACCAAAGAGGCGGUUGAGAACGCGAAAAAAUUAUUAGAGUACGCUACGGAGGCUAUGCAAGUUCCUCAACAGUACGUGGGACGUAUUGUUGGACAAAAAAAUCAUCAAAUUCAAGCUUUAGUGGAUCGGGUUGGACUAGCUAGGAUUCGUGUCCAAGCCGCUAACGAGGUAACCGUACCGAAUUGCGUGCCUUUCGCUUUCACGGGUACUCGGUCGGCAAUAAAUGAUGCCAAGAUAUUGAUCAAUUUCAUUACUGAUAAUCUGAAGGAAAUUGACCAACUUCAGGCUAAAAUUACUCCACAUGAAUACAAUCGUUUUAAUAAUGGAGACGGAAGCCGCUUCAAGAGGCGCGAUCCUUCGAGUAAGUCAGAAAGCGCCAAAGGUGAACUAACUUUUCGUUCACAUCAUACGGAUAGUGGCCAUGGUACUGAUAAUGGUUUGACUGCUCCGGUUACUUUCAACGGUGAUGCUGGCGGUCGAUUUAGGAGUGGGAGGGGCACGGACACCUGUACUGAACACUCCGAUUCAACUUCAUUUCGUAACUCUCGUCCAUCAACUAACCGUCGUCGUAGGAAUCAUCUUCAGUCAUCUCGAGGUGGUGGGAAUAGUGGUAAGCCCUCCUCACCACCUCGACAGAAAUCGUUGCCUCCACCUCCACCCAAAACAGAGCCAGUCCAACAGUCUGAGGUCAUUCCUCGUCAAACGCCCAGACAUCAUGAUGGGGGUGGUCGACGUGGUAAGGGUGGGAACCGGAAUCAGGCGGAUGUUGAGGGCGUCUCGGUUACUAACGCAUCCUGA